UGUACACUAGCGUUUGCAAGUUCUCGUCUCUGAUAGUAUAUCGGUCGGUACACCCGCCUGUCAGAAUUGUACGUGAAAAAGGUUUAUGAUUGAUGGUUUAGUGGCAGUCUGAGGAACGACGUACCUCGCUAGUGCGACGAUCAUUCGCGUAGGUUGUCGAACAGAUGGAUGUGGUCCCGAUACGCAUCAGCUUUUGCCGUCGCUCUGGUACUACUUAUUGGCACUCGGUGUCGACACUACUGUCAUUUACUAGUAAGCGACUUUACAGUUUCUCAAUUUGCAAUUUCGCUCUUGUGCGUCUUGGGUCCACUUUGUUGUUACACCAGUAGAGUCUAAACAUAUCUGUGACCUGA